CAGCUCUUCAGUCAACAAACCUGCUGCUUCAUCAUCUUGACCACACUCCUCAGGAACCAAAAAGGGAAAAAAUCAAAGAUGUCCGGCAUCAUGAAGGUGUUUCUGCUCCUGGCCGUCGCAAUCUGCAUCUCUAAAGCUCAGCUGAAUGAACCGGGACAGAGCUGUCUUUGUCAGCGUGUCAGAAACCGUAUGGCCCCAAAGUCUGAUAUAAAGGACAUCCAGAUUUACCCGGCGACUAUCUUCUGUCCCAAAGUUGAGAUUGUUGUGACCAGUGGAAGAGGCUUCCGUUACUGUCUGAACCCUGAGCUGCAGGCCGUGAAAAGGAUGCUUACCAGGAUCAUCAAGGCAAACACCACCGCCAAACCCACCAGUCCCCAGGCCACCUCAGGCAGCAGCUCCACCGCUCAGAUGUGAUUCUCCGCGUUGGACCAGAACCUCACCUGACCUCUUACCAAAAAAUUCAACCUUCAGAAGCCUAACCAUGUUAAACUAUAUUGUUUGUUUUUAUUUAUGCAAAUGUGUGCAUGCCUCAUAUCGACGCUGAAUUGUUUUUUUUUUUUUUUUGCACAACCUUUAAUAUUAUUAUUUUAUUUUUUGUAGUUCUUCUCUUGUAUCUUUAUUUUUCUAAUAAAAACCUGAAAAAGAAGUC